CAUUCUUUUCGACCAUUUUAAAAAAAUGGAUCUCCCAAAAUAUAAUGGAAAUAUUCAUCCAGACGAAUGGAUAAAUGAUCUUCAAACUUAUUUUAAUAUAAAACAAAACUUAAUAAAUAUUGAUAUUGUUAUAUCAUUAGUAGAUUCUACUAUUAAAUUACCAACUGGAAUUGAUAAUAUUGAAAAACUUCGUAAUGCACUUAAAGAAGAUAUUUCUUUUACAGUAUUUAAGAAUACGAAUAAAAGAAUAUUACAAUCAUUAAAAUAUAACCCUGAAAGAAAAGGUGGUAAUACAUCAAAUUUUAUUUCAAACUUUCGUAAAUUAUGUUAUAACGCUGAGAUUAAUGAUGUUGAAGAACAAAAAAAGUUUCUUUAUAAAUCACUCCCAAAUAAUCAUUUUGAUUAUAUUUCAAAUGAAUUUUAUGAGAAAAUGAAGAAUGUAAAUUCAAUUAAUGAAUUAAUUAAAAGAUUUGAAGAAAUUGUUUUAGAAGAAUCGAAUUUAAUUAGAAAUGGAUCUAUUGUAGCUUUAAAACAUGUUGCCACAGGAAAAUAUUUAAGUUCUGUUAAAAAUUUAUGUUAUAUAACCGGAAGCAGGUCCCAAUUAGUUUUUAUAGGAAGUUCAGAGCCUAUUCCAAAUUCUUUAUGGAAAAUUGAAUUUAGUGGCGAAUUAGCUGCUUAUACAGAUAAUUCUAUAAGGUUGCGACAUGUCAAAUCCGAUACAUUUCUUGGAAUACUUUAUUGUUAUUAUGACAAUAUUAGCGGUAGAAGUAUUCGUGAUUAUUACAAGUCUCCGUCAACUAAUCAUACAGAAGUGAGCUGCAGAAGUGGUAAUGAUGGAUACUACUGGAAUGGAAAUUGGAAAUUUAAUCAUAGUAAAUUAAAAAAUUAUCAAGGAUAUUUAAAAUCAAAUGAUAUUAUUAAUCUUAAUAUUAUGAGAGUAUGUGAUGUUAAUGGUAAUUAUAUUCAAAAUGGUCAAUAUGAAUUUUUACGUAGUCACGAUAUUCAAUUUACUGUUGAAAAUGAUACUUUUCAAGAAGUUGUUUGUCAUAAUGAAAGAUUAGGAGGAAAUGAUGAAAGAAUGAAAAAUGUAAAUUCAAUUAACGAAUUAGCUAAAGAAUUUGAAGAUAUCGUUUUAGAAGAAUCAAAUUUAAUUAGAAAGGAAUCCAUUGUAGCGUUAAAACAUAUCGCUACAGGAAAAUAUUUAAGUUCAAUUUCGAAUUUACGUUAUACGACCGGAAGCAAGUCUCAAUUGGUUUUUGUAGGAAGUUCAGAGCCUGAUCCAAAUUCUUUAUGGAAAAUUAGUUUUGGCAGUGAGUUAGCUACUUACACUGAUACUUUUAUAACUCUACAACAUGUUAAAACAAAUAAUAUGUUUCUUGGAAUAAAUCAUGGAUAUAUUAAUGAUUAUGGUUAUUAUGGUUUUUGUUAUAGCAAAUCUCCAUCAAAUAAUCACACAGAAGUGAGUUGUGAUAAUUCCAAUGAUUAUCGUAAUGGAUAUUGGCUUAAUAAUUGGAAGUUUAACUAUAGUAAAGUCGUAGAUCAUCAAGGAUAUUUAAAGUCAAAUGAUAUUGUUAACCUUAGUAUUACGAAAUGUAAUAUAAACGACGGUAGGUUUCAAGAUAAUCAAGUUGAAUUUUUACGUAGUCAUGAUAUCCAAUUUGCUAUUGGAAACGAUACUUUUCAAGAGGUUGUUUGUCAUGAUGAAAGAUUGGGAGGAAAUGAUGAAUGGUGCAUUGAACUUAUUCACGAGGUUAAAAUUUUCUGAGCUGGCAUAAAACAAUUAUCAGUCGAAUUUGUAUUUUCUUAUUUUGCUAUAUAAGUGAAUUAAAUAAAAGAAUCGCUAUCGUUAUUAUUGUUAUAUGAAUGAUUUAUACAAAGUUAAUUAGGGAUUCUUUGAACAUCGAAUUUGUAUAAUAUCAAAUUUUGAAUAAAUUUAUGAAUAAUUUAU